CCAUGCACUCAGGACAAACUGGUCCCGCAUAACACAUAAUCGCCACUGCAUAUCACGUGGCAGAUUGACAGACCCCAAAAGUUUGUUAACGAAUCAAACCUCUUCACGUGUCGGAGAUAUGUAGAAAGUUGAAAAAUGAAAGCCCACACGAAUUGUAUAUAUACUCACGACACAAAUAUUCAGAAACUUCAACACACUCGAACAAAAUAUCAUACUCAUCAAUAUCAUACUAUGAUCCCCACACAAAACCGACGGAUUCUAACUUUUACGGCGGUAUAUCCAUGCGAAUCAGUCUCCAUAACCACUCUCAUUGACUCACUGAUAAAAAUUGCCGGCGAGAUUCUCAGCUUCAAAUCAAAGCAUUUCUCCACCAACAAACGAAGCGUUAAAGAAACUCUCCGACAUGUCCUUAAUCUUUUGAUCGUCUUCCAAGAAAUCCGGGUCGGGUUAAUACCAGCGGAUCGUUCCUUUCCUCGUUCUGCAAUCCUAAGCCUCUCAGAGCUCCACGUCAUCUUCCAGAAACUCAUGAUUUUAUUAGAAGAGUGUACACGAGAAGGAGGUAAGCUUUAUAUGUUGACAAACUCGGACCAAAUCUCAGCUCAUUUCCGGGUCUUGACCCGAUCCAUAUCCACGUGCCUCGACACAUUCCCAGUAGGAUCCAUUGAGUUACCUGAAGAAGUCAAGGAGCUAAUCUAUCUAUUAAUCCGCCAGACCCGUAAAUACGAAGCAAGACCCGACCGGGAUGACAAACGGGCCCUAGACUCUGUGUAUUGGAUCUUUAAUCUGUUCGAGAACAGGAUUAACCCGAACCGGGAUGAAGUAGUCAGAGUUCUUGAUCACGUUGGUGUCCGAAAAUGGAGGGAUUGCGUCAAAGAGAUUGGCUUUUUAGGAGAAGAGAUUACAGUAGAGGGUAAGGAUAAGAACGAAAUCGAGCUCCUCAGCAGCUUAAUGGGAUUUAUAUGCUACUGCAGAUGCGUGAUACUUGGCGGCAUUGAUGAAGAUGAAGAUAAGGGAGAAGAAGAAGAAGACGAUUUGGUUAUUCGUGGCUUAAACGUUGAUGAUCUACGUUGUCCAAUUUCUCUAGAGAUUAUGAAAGAUCCAGUGGUUUUGGAAACAGGUCACACAUAUGAUCGGAGCUCUAUUGCGAAGUGGUUCUCCGCCGGUAACAUCACGUGCCCUAAGACCGGGAAGAAUCUAGAGAGUACUGUUUUGGUUGGUAACGUCUCCGUCAAGCAAGUGAUUCAGAGUUACUUCAAGAAAGAGAUUGAUCAGAAGAGUAUGAAGAAGAAAACGAGUAUUCCUGAAAGUUUAGCGGCGGAAGAAGCCGGGAAGCUCAUCUCGGACUUUCUCGCCGGAGAAUUGAUAAACGGCGGCCCUAAAGAGAUGGUAAAGGCGUUAGUGGAGAUUCGGAUUCUCACGAAGACGACUAGUUUCAACAGAUCUCGUUUGGUGGAAGCUGGUGUGGUGGAAUCGCUGAUGAAGCUUCUUCGUCCUGGAGAUCCGACGAUUCAAGAGAACGCCAUGGCUGCCAUUUUGAAUCUUUCGAAAGAUAUCGCCGGGAAAGUUCGAAUCGGUGGAAGCGGCGGUGGAUUGGAGAUGAUCGUGGAGGUUUUAAACGAAGGAGCGAGGAGAGAGAGUAGACAAUACGCAGCAGCUGCGAUAUUCUAUCUCUCUUCUCUCGGAGAUUACAGCAGAUCGAUCGGCGAGAUCCCAGAUUCGAUUCCAGGAUUGUUGAGAAUCGUUAAAGGUUGUGAUUAUGGAGAUUCCCCGAUACGCAACGCGUUGAUUGCGAUUAGGAGUUUGCUGAUUCAACAUUCGGAUAAUCACUGGCGCGUCCUCGCCGCUGGAGCUGUUUCCGUUCUUUUGGAUCUCGUGAGAUCCGGCGAGAUCGGUGAUGGAGUCAAGGCGGAUUCGAUUGCGGUUCUCGCGAAAAUUGCGGAGUAUCCCGAUGGGAUGAUCUCUGUGCUUCGUCGUGGAGGAUUGAAACUCGCGGUCAAGGUUCUGGGUUCAUCGGAGGUUUCGCCGGUGACGAAGCAGCACUGUGUCGUUCUGCUUUUGAAUUUGUGUGUUAACGGAGGGAGUGACGUCGUUGGAGCCCUGGCUAAGGAUCCGUCAGUCAUGGGGUCGCUUUACACGGCGUUAAGUAACGGCGAGUGUGGAGGUGGGAGAAAGGCAAGUGCUCUUAUCAAAAUGAUUCAUGAGUUCCAGGAGAGGAAAACCGAGACGGGUUUAGAAAGAGAACGGUUCAUACACGCCUGGUGAUUUGGUACACACACUAUACAGCAACUCUUUUGAGCUUUUUUUAUCAGAGGGUUAUGUAUACCAUGAACGGUUCAUAUACAUUAACUUCAUUUGUAUAUGUUAAACAUAAACUUCUAUUGUUAUUAUUGUAUAAAUAUGUACUUGUAUCAUCUGUAACUCUUAGCUUUGAGAUUUUUGUAAUAACCCAAGAGCUAAUAAUACUCUACUAUUUUGUAAUCA